CACCACAAACAUGCUUAUAUUAAGGAAAGAGAGGUCAUUCUAAACUUUCAUUUUACAAGGUAGGUUGAGCAUGUUUGUUUGUUGAGCUUGCUUCAGUCAUUAAACCCUCAGUUUUUUGCUGGAUGUGAUACAUACAAGAGAUAAGCAUGAGUUUGAACAGUGUUCCCUCUAAAGUGGAGGUGAUGAGAUGGAAUCCCCAAAGUCUUGCUGACUACAUGAGGAGGCUUAAGUUAUCUGGCUGCGACAAAUUGGUGAUAAUGAGCAGCAUAAGUGGAGCACAGUUCAUGCAAAUGAAAACAUCUGACCUUCAAAUGUUCCCCAGCCUUUAUGUCCCAAUAAUCACUAAGAUUCAAAGUGACAUCAACAAAGGGGAUCAGAAGAGGGCCUUUGGUCAAAAAUUAACGACACAGAAGCUCCCAAAACAAGUAUUUGUACAGGAGGAUGAAGUUUGGGACUCUGAUGAGUUUGACAAUGACAGUGACCACGACUAUGAAGGUCCCAGCCAGGAGGACGGGGACGACGGCUACAUCUGUGCCCUGACAGAGCCACAAACAGCUGAGCAACAAGACAGUGACGACAACUAUGAAGAGAGCUGCCAGAGGCCUUUCUCUGCAGACAAAAUGACGCCACCUCGACAUCCAAAUCCUGUUCAUGAGCUGACCCCUGCUGACAGGACUUCAAAACCUCCGCACCCGCGUCCACCAAAAAUGAACUAUACCACUCCAAGACCUUUCAAAGCACCAGCCAGCCAUCCCAAUCUGCAUAUCGACAGGAGCAAGAAGCCUGGACAGUCUGUCCCAUCCCAGACAGACCUUACAAAAUCAAAGGGCAGCAACAUCAAGGCUCCUAGUUCAUCCACAAGCAAAAUACCAAAACCAAGACUUCCCAGAUCUACAGAUGUAUCCAACAGAGCAGGUAAACCCGUCCCACCAGUGCCAACAGAGCCCACAAAGACUAACAAGUCAACGCCAGGAACAAGAAAGGGCUUGGAUCCCAGCUGGUAUGGAGGAAAGGUGACCAGACAUCAAGCUGAAGCUGCUCUCAGAGAGGUGAACAAGGAUGGAGCAUUUAUAGUGAGGGACAGCUCACAAGGCGCGGCUGAGCACCCCUACACCCUGAUGCUGCUGAAAGACGGCAAGGUUUACAACAUUAUGAUCCGUAACCAAGCCGACUCCUACUCCCUCGGCACUGGCCACAAAAACAAGAGUUUCCCUGGGGUGAAGGAGAUGAUUACCCAUCACACACACACCCCGCUGCUGCUCAUUGAUGCCACAGACCACAGCUAUGACGCGCAGAGCCAAUGUUGUCUGCUGCACCCUGCGGGACUCUGACCAGUACCAACACCAAGCUUAAUGUGGGUGUUUGCAUCAGUCUUUUUAUGCUGAUUUGUGCACAUGUAUACAUGAACCCCCUCUGAACAAACCAUUUAAAUGUCACAAUUUUUGCAAACACAAAAGGUCAUUGUUUUGUAAUUCAGCUUUUUGCUAAUUUGUAUUUUUAGUAGACAGAAUGAGAGAAAAAGAAUGAUUUUACAUGGCUUGUGGUU